AGAACAUUAUUAGGUGUAACAAAAAAAAAAAAAAACUAGAACAUUAGUCAAAAAAACAAAUAAAAAUAUCGGUGAAUCGAAAAAAUCGAACUUUUCCUUCCAACAACAUCGCGUACGCGCAGUCUUCUUCCUCCUACUUUCGACCCAUCAACAACAUUUUCAUAUUUUUGUUUUUGUUUUUAGUUUAUACUUCAAUUCAAUUCAAUACUUUUUCAUUUCAUCAUCAUCAUCAUCAUCAUCAUCAUCAUAAAAACGCAGCUAGGUCAUGAUAUUUUGUUCUUGUUCUUGAACAAUAAUUGAUCAAUCAAAUCAAAUGGCCCAAUCUUUUGGACAAACCGAAAUUAAUUGGGACAAGCUAGAUAAAACUAAGUUCUAUGUCGUUGGUGCUGGACUCUUCACUGGUGUUACAGUUGCACUUUACCCGGUUUCAGUUGUGAAAACUAGGCUGCAGGUAGCAACAAAGGCUUCUAUAGAGAAAAAUGCCUAUUCUGUUGCAAAAGGAUUACUUAAAACUGAUGGCAUCCCUGGUUUGUAUAAAGGGUUUGGCACGGUUAUCACUGGUGCAAUACCGGCCAGAGUCAUAUUCAUGUCGGUUCUAGAGAGCACAAAAGUGUAUGCCUUUAAAAUGCUGGAACCAUUUGGACUAUCUGGAACUACUCAGGCUGCCUUAGCAAAUGGAUUUGCAGGCAUGACAUCGUCACUUUUUGCUCAAUCUGUGUUUGUACCAAUUGAUGUGGUUAGCCAAAAGUUGAUGGUGCAAGGAUACUCUGGCCAUACCAAAUAUAGUGGGGGUCUGGAUGUUGCUCGUAAGAUUAUAAAGGCUGAUGGCAUUCGGGGAUUGUAUCGAGGGUUUGGUCUUUCUGUUGUUACUUAUUCACCUUCUAGCGCAGUUUGGUGGGCAAGUUAUGGUUCAAGCCAGCGCUACAUUUGGAGAUUGUUGGACCAAGGUGGAAAAUAUGACGAAGUUGCUCCAAGUGUGCCGAAGAUUAUGUUAGUUCAGGCUGCGGGAGGUAUUAUUGCUGGUGCAACUGCUUCCUGCAUUACAACCCCAUUGGAUACUAUCAAGACACGGUUACAGGUGAUGGGACUUGAGAAGAGAAGCUCUAUCAAACAAGUUACUAAAGAUUUAAUCAAAGAAGAUGGUUGGAAAGGUCUAUAUAGAGGGCUUGGUCCGAGAUUUUUUAGCAUGUCUGCAUGGGGUACUUCAAUGAUAUUGACUUAUGAGUAUCUGAAACGCAUAUGCGCAAAAGACGAAUAGAUGCAAUUGUCUGCAAGCUUUUCUUCCAACAAUUGAUUAAGCCAAGAUUAGAGUGGUAAUAUUGUUAUAGAAUUACACAAUAAUUUUUACCCUACGCCUUCAACACUGGAGUUGCUGUUUGACACAUUUUUCAGUCUUGACUUGAGGGUUAAAAUUGAAGCAGCAAAGCUUUACUAACAGAUUAUUCUGAAAAUAAUUGCUGGAUACACUAGGAAAUUAAUAGUUCCAUUCUUUAUGAUUAAAUUGGAUUUUUUGUAUUAUUUUUUUAGCUUUGCUGUGGAUUGUGUAUCAUGAAAAGGAAGGAAAUAGAUUGCAUUGAAUGUAGUUUUAUUUGAAACAUGAAAUCUUAUUUGAAACAUGAAAUCUUAUUUGCAGA